AUGCCCGACCCUUCCAUCCCCCAAAGCUACGAAAUCAGACCCGAUCCCCAAGCCCUGACGGCCAACAAAGAGGACCCAAGCCAAAACGCAUCCACAGGCGUAGACUAUGAACCCCACCCCGAAAAGAGCAUCAAACUUGAGCCGGAAAGAGAAAAAAUUGUAAAGUCGAUUUGUGCACUUUACUCGGGUGGUGCGAGUGAGGAGCUCAUGUCGGUUUAUGCUGAGAAGGCUGUUUAUGAUGAUCCUUGGUAUGUACACCGAGAAAGACUUGAGUGGGCAUUGGAGUCGAGAUUGGUGGGAGAGGUGUCCUGA